AUGUCUUUAACUUUAAAUUUAGGUUACGUUCCAACUGAAAUAACUAGCAUUAAAGGAGAUUUACAAAUAUUAUAUAAGUCCACUUUUAAUUUAGUAAUAAUGAAUGGAAAAUUGCUACAGGAUAUAAAUACCCUCAACUAUUCAAUUAGCCAUUAAAUUCAAUAUAAUACUUUUGCAUAACAUUAUAAACCUGUUAAAGUCACUUAUUCAAAGAAAUAUGAUAUAUACUUCAUUCUGUUUGAUGAUUGGUAAAUCUAUAUUCUUUCAUCAAAUCUAGUCUUUUUCAAUAAAAUAUCCGUAAUUACCUCAUAUCCUAUAGCGAUUCAAUUUAUAGAUGAAACUAUUUCCUUAUAUGUAGUUUAAGAUAGCAAAAUAGAGUAGAUCUUUAUGGAGAUCAAAAAAACUUCAUUGUAGAUUAAAGUAAUAUUAUUAAACAAAUUAUGUUUUACAAACUCUAAUAAAUACUUCAUUGGAUUCUCUUUAUAACAUUCAUUAAUAUUUCUAUGGGAAUAAAAUACUCUAAAAGUCUAUUCUCAAAAUUAUUAAUUGAUAUCAGAGAAAAUAAACAUAACCAAUUACAAAAAUAGCAUAACUUGUUUACUUUAUUUCCCAGCAUUGUAUUAUAUUAUUUGUGGUACAAAGGACGGUAAGAUUUAUACUUGGACACUGUACAAUUAAAAUUAGCCUAUUAAUAUUUUUGAGAUCGAGCAUGGAUCAAAUGUUGAUUAAUUACAAAAUGAUAAAAAUGAUGAGAAUAUGUUUUGGGCUUCUUCUAAUAAUGAAAUUUCCCUCUAUUCAAUCAAAACAUGGCAAUGUUUGUAAAUUUAUAAAAUAGGUCUUUAGUAUAAACACCUAUUUAUAAUCAAUUAAUACAGGUUGUUUGCAUGUUUCCAUCAAAGUCUUUAUAUUUUAAAUAGGUAAUUAGAGCAACGCUUACUAUAUUAACAUAAAUCUGAUAUUCGAUGCUUAAUAGAAGGAAUUUCUGAUCCUUAAUUUUUAUUUGAUAACAAUAGUUUAAUCUAAAUGUUAUCCCCAAAUAAAUUUAAUACUCACUACAUAAAAACUAAACAAACAAUUAUUCAAGCUCAUUUUGUUUAAGAAACAUAUUAUUUUUUGACAGAAGCAAGUGACAUCCUUAAAUUUCAAGGGGAAACAAUCAAUAUUGUUAUAAGUGGUGAUCGCCUGCACAACAGUGAAGGCGCAUUAGUGAAAAAUAAAAUAAUAAAUCUCAAAUUUAUUGAAAUUGAUUUUAAUUAAGUAUAUUUAUUUGUAUACAUCUAAUAAGGAUAAAUACUUUUAUUUAAACUACCUAAUUUUAAUAGAAGCAUUUCCGAAUUAAAUUAUAAUAGAUGUUCUAUUAAACUUUCCACCAUAUUUAAAGUCUUAAAUAAUGAUAUCUGCAUAUUAACAAUUGAUGAGCACAAUGUUUUUAAAUUAUUAAAAAUGAAAGAUAAUAACAUUUAAUUAUUGAAGUAGUUUACUUUCAAAAUUGAAAUUAAGAAAUGGCUUUCUCUUUAAAAUAAUAUUUUUAUUCUUACUAAUUCAGGAGAACUUAGUAAAUUUAAAUAUUAAAAUGAUGACUUUUAAUAAUCAAUCAUAGAAAUUGAUGGUGAUGAAUAUUAUUAUAAUGACUUUUAAGUGUAUUUGGAGCCAAAAAUAAUAAUUGGAAGUUAAUCACAAAUGCUAGUUUUAAUGUCAUUUAAAAAGAUCAUUUUAAGGUAAAUCAAUUUGGAUACCAGUUUAUUAAAUUAUGGAUAUUUUAAUAAACAUUUAAUCCUUUGUUUAUAAAAUGAAUUGAGCGUAAUUGAAGAUCAAAGAUUAUCAUUUACUUAUGAGUAACUAAAAGAUGUUAAUUCCAAUAGAAAAAUCAUCGAAUAAUGUGGUUUCGAAAUAUUUGAAAAAGGCAGGGAUAAAAUACAUAUUUCCCAAAAGGAGAAAAGUACUUAAUUAAUAAAGAAUGAGAGCAUUCUCUAAGCAAAAAAGUAAAUUAAAAUUUAAUCAAAUACUAUUAAAGUGAUUCCAAAUGCAGAAAAAUAAGCAAUUCAAAAAUAUUAACAAGUAACCUAAUCCUCGUUUUAUAAUGCUAAUGAUUCUACUUAAAGAGGAAGAAUAAAAUCAAGGAAUUAAUAAAUUUUGAAUAAUCAAUAACAUGAAAGUAAUGUUAAUAUAACAGCAUCUUAAUGUCGACCUUGGACAUAGAGUAGUUUUAACAAAACAAAAUAAUAUAUAUUGUAGCAGAGCUCAUCAGUAGAAAGUAAUUAAUUUAAAGAACUAGAUGCUUUAUAUCAACCAGCCAUUCCUUUAAUAAAAUAGACAAGAAAGAAUACUUUGGCUGAAUAAUUUCUUGAAAGUCGUUUGAAAAAAAGAAAGUUCAAAACAAGAAGAGAUUUAACAAUGAACAAAAUCGUAUAGAGAAAUAUUAGAAUAUUAUCAUUUUGUUGA